AUGGCGAAAAGCUUGCGGAGUAAGUGGAAGAGAAAGAUGCGGGCAGAAAAGAGGAAGAAGAAUGCUCCCAAAGAGCUGGCCCGCCUAAAAAAAGCCCUCAGUUUUGGCAAGAAAGACGAGGAUGCCGUGAUGAGCGACAUUCAGGAGAUCGCCACCGUGGUCCCGGCCGAGAAUCUCAAGAAAGAGGCCGACGUCGUCGCUGCGGGAGCUGGAGAUGAUGGUGGUGCAAUGGACUUGGACAGUAAGCGAGACAAGAAGACACUCCUGAAUGAGCAUGGACAGUAUCCGGUGUGGAUGAACCAGCGGCAAGCCAAGAAGCUAAAAAGCAAGAGAAUGGCGCAGAAGAGCGGCAAAGGAAAGCCAAACAAGAAGAAGGGCAUUGCUUGGUGA